AUGUCGAGCGCCAAUCUCUCCAAGGUCAAGCAUAUUAUACUGGUCCUCUCCGGCAAAGGCGGGGUGGGCAAGUCCUCCGUCACGACCCAGCUCGCCCUCUCCCUCUCACUAGCCGGCCACUCCGUAGGCGUUCUCGACAUCGACCUCACCGGCCCCAACAUCCCCCACAUGUUUCGCGUCGAAGACAAUGCCCGGAUAACCCAGGGCCCAGGCGGCUGGAUACCAGUCAGCAUCCACGACGCCGACCCCUCUCGCAACCUCGGUUCCUUGCGGAUAAUGAGCCUCGGCUUUCUGGUCAAGCGCGGCGACUCGGUCGUGUGGCGGGGUCCGAAGAAGACGGCCAUGAUCAAACAGUUUCUUACUGACGUCUCCUGGGACGAGACGGACUACCUGCUGAUCGACACCCCGCCCGGCACCAGCGACGAACACAUUUCUGCAGUCGAGUAUCUUCUCCAGCUGGCACGACCCGACCAGCUCGCUGGCGCAGUGUUGGUGACCAUGCCACAGGACAUGUCCACUGCUAUGGUGCGAAAAGAGCUGGACUUCUGCCGGAAGACGGGCCUGAGCGUCAUCGGCAUCGUGGAGAACAUGUGUGGCUUCGUUUGCCCGCACUGCUCAGAAUGCACAUACAUCUUCAGCAAAGGCGGCGGUCAGGUCCUGGCGCAGGACUUUGAAACUGAGUUUCUGGGGAGUGUUCCUAUCGAUCCGCAAUUCACCAAACUUAUCACCUCGGGCAAAAGGCCUUGGUAUCCGGACGGAACCAUUCUCGACGGGCAGGACUUAUCGAGCGCAACCGAGGCAGCCCCUGCGCCAAGUGAGGACUCAGUCAACGACGACAACGACCCCCUGGCCUUGAAAUAUAAGGACUGUGCAUUGAGCACGGUGUUCAAGAGUAUCACAGCCGGUGUGCUCAAAGCCGCUGGCAGCCCAUGA